GUGACUUGGCUUUGGGGGGCAUGGGGAAGACCCACUUUGCAGAUGUCCUCACUGAGGCCUGCCCAGCCUGCCCGCAAGGCCACUCAGCCUAGUAGAAGCAGACGGUAGCCUGGAAGACAUCUUUCCCCACAGCAUCAUUUUCAGUGUAGCUGCAGAUAAGCCCUUCUCUCUGCCCACCAGACCCCUGGCCCAGAGACUCACGAAGUGUCUUGGAGGUUGCCAUCUGCCCCCCAACCCUGCUCCAGCCUGCCUUCCCAGGCCUGGGCCUCUGGCAUCUGCUUUAUCAGGAUUCUUAAGAGGGACAGCUGGUUUAUGUUACAUGCCUGCUCCCUCCUCUGUUCCCUGCAUAUCUGUUCUGGUUUUAAAUAGCUUAUCUGAGCAGCUGGACAACCACAUGGGCUUAUAUGGCGUGGGGUGCAUGUCCCUUUAGCCCUGUCCCUGGCACCUGCCAAAAUAGCAGCCAACACCCCCCGCGCCCCCGCUGUGUCUCCUGCUGCACAUCCCUCCCACCGCAGGGCUUGGCUUAUGAGGCCCCAGCCCACAGUCCCGCUUAAAGCCCUCUCCAUCCCCUGCCCUCACCCAGUGCCUGCUGAGGCUGAACAGAUACCUCGGGACCUGUGGGCAGCUCCUGGUUGGAGAACAGAGACCAUGUCUGACAUGGAAGAGGUGGCGGAAGAGUACGAGGAGGAGCAGGAAGAAGAAGCUGUGGAAGAAGAGGAGGACUGGAGAGAGGACGAAGACGAGCAGGAAGAGGCAGCCGCAGAAGAGGCUGAAGGUGAGGCUGAGACGGAAGAGACCAAUGCAGAAGGAGAUGGACAAGAAGAGGAGGCUAAAGAAGCCGAAGAUGGCCCAGUGGAGGAGUCCAAACCAAAGCCCAGGCCGUUCAUGCCCAACUUGGUGCCCCCCAAGAUCCCCGAUGGGGAGAGAGUAGACUUUGAUGACAUCCACCGGAAGCGCAUGGAGAAGGACCUGAACGAGCUCCAGACGCUGAUCGAGGCUCACUUUGAGAACAGGAAGAAGGAGGAGGAGGAGCUCAUCUCCCUCAAAGACAGGAUUGAGAAGCGGCGGGCCGAGCGGGCUGAGCAGCAGCGCAUCCGGAAUGAGCGGGAGAAGGAGCGUCAGACUCGCCUGGCUGAAGAGAGAGCCCGACGAGAGGAGGAGGAGAACAGGAGGAAGGCCGAGGAUGAGGCCCGAAAGAAGAAAGCUUUGUCCAACAUGAUGCAUUUUGGGGGCUAUAUCCAGAAGGCCCAGACGGAGCGAAAAAGUGGGAAGAGGCAGACAGAGCGGGAGAAGAAGAAGAAGAUUCUGGCUGAGAGGAGGAAGGUGCUGGCCAUCGACCACCUGAAUGAGGAUCAGCUGAGGGAGAAGGCCAAGGAGCUGUGGCAGAGCAUCUACGAUCUGGAGGCAGAGAAGUUCGACCUGCAGGAGAAGUUCAAGCAGCAGAAAUAUGAAAUCAAUGUUCUCCGAAACAGAAUCAAUGAUAACCAGAAAGUCUCCAAGACCCGCGGGAAGGCCAAAGUCACUGGGCGCUGGAAGUAGGGGCAGCAGUCCCCUUCACUGAAGAUCCUCGCUGUGUCCCUGUCCUGCUCGUGCCCAGCUUCUGGGGCCCUCCUGGGCACUGGAAACCAGGAGCUGGCCUGGCUGGGAGCUGCUGUUCGUGCCUGUACCCCCACAUGCCACGCAUGCCAAUAAUAAAAGCCAACACACA